AUGGCCUGUUCAUCAGUGUACGUUGCUUUGUUAACGGCAGUUUUAAUGAUGGGAUUGGUCUUUGGUCAGGCACCUACAACAGCACCAGUAGCUUCACCAACAAAGUCACCACCAAAAGCGUCACCACCACCACCAGCUCCAACUGUAAUGGCACCAACUCCAGCACCAAUAGCCACCACUACUCCAACACCAACUUUAUCUCCAGCUUCAUCACCAGGUCCAUCUAUUGCAUUGCCCUCAUCACCACCAGCUCCACCAACUGGUGCUCCAGCUACCACCCCCGGUGGUUCUCCUGUUGGACUUGCUAAUUCUCCAGCUGGAUCUACAGCUGAUAAUAAGAAUGGUGCUGUAAGAGUUUCAUCUGUUGUUGGAUCUGGUUUUGUUGGUGUAAUUGUUACCUCAUUUAUGUUCUUGUAG